AUCAGAGCGGGAAACCCCCUCUCGCGCCAAGCGAGGAGCAGAGAUCGCGACGUUACGUCGUCGCCAUUUUGUUUCGCCGGGAGUAAAGAGAUCCACCCGAGAAGCGCCGGCGUGGAUACUUCCUCCUUUCUCCGCAGCAGCAGCACCACCGCCACGGCAGAGCAGCGUCGUGCCGCCCCGGUUACAUUCGCAUGAUGUCCGAAGACAUGGCCGCCGAUCACGUCAACGGAAACGGCACGGAGGAGCCGAUGGACACCACGGCAGCGGUGACCCGCUCGGAACAUUUCCAGGCGUUGCUGGAGGCCGGGUUGCCUCAAGAGGUCGCGGAGAAGCUGGAUGAACUCUACGUAGCAGGCCUGGUGGCACACAGCGACCUCGACGAACGGGCGAUAGAAGCUUUGAAAGAAUUCAACGAGGAGGGAGCGCUGCAAGUGCUGGUCCAGUUCAAAGAGAGCGAUCUGUCACACGUGCAGAACAAAAGUGCCUUUCUCUGUGGCGUAAUGAAGACCUACAGGCAGAGGGAGAAACAAGGAACAAAAGCCUCAGAUUCCACCAAAGGACCGGACGAGGCUAAGAUCAAAGAACUGCUGGACAGAACCAACUACACGCUCGACGUGACAACGGGACAGCGGAAGUAUGGUGGCCCCCCGCCCGAGUCGGUGUACUCCGGUGCUCAGCCCACGAUCGGAACAGAGAUAUUUGUGGGGAAGAUUCCCCGCGACCUGUUCGAGGACGAGCUUGUUCCCCUCUUCGAGAAGGCCGGCCCCAUCUGGGACCUCAGGCUAAUGAUGGACCCACUGAGUGGCCUGAACCGGGGCUACGCCUUCGUCACGUUCUGCACUAAAGAAGCAGCCCAGGAGGCCGUGAAGCUGUGUAAUAAUUAUGAGAUUCGCCCUGGAAAACACAUCGGUGUGUGUAUAUCCGUCGCCAACAACAGGCUUUUUGUUGGCUCCAUUCCCAAGAGUAAAACAAAGGAGCAGAUUGUUGAAGAGUUUGCUAAAGUCACAGAGGGCCUCAGCGACGUCAUCCUGUACCAUCAACCCGACGACAAGAAGAAGAAUCGCGGCUUCUGCUUCCUGGAGUACGAAGACCACAAAGCGGCCGCUCAGGCCCGUCGCCGGCUAAUGAGCGGGAAGGUGAAGGUGUGGGGCAACGUGGUGACGGUGGAGUGGGCCGACCCCAUUGAAGACCCCGACCCGGAGGUCAUGGCCAAGGUGAAGGUUUUAUUUGUGAGAAAUCUCGCCAACGGCGUCACGGAGGAGAUCCUGGAAACGUCCUUCAGUCAGUUUGGAAAACUGGAGCGGGUGAAGAAGCUCAAAGACUACGCUUUCAUUCACUUUGAGGAGCGGGAGGGCGCAGUGAAGGCUCUGGAGGAAAUGAACGGGAUGGAGCUGGAGGGAGAACCCAUAGAGAUCGUAUUUGCCAAGCCGCCGGAUCAAAAAAGGAAGGAGCGCAAAGCCCAGAGACAAGCGGCCAAAACACAAAUGUAUGAUGACUAUUACUACUACCCUCCCCCUCCCCAUAUGCCGCCGCCCGUGAGAGGCCGGGGCAGAGGAGGCAACCGGGGCGGCUACUCGUACCCCCCGGAUUACUACGGUUACGAUGACUACUACGACUAUUACGGCUACGACUAUCACAACUACCGCGGCGGCUACGACGACCCCUACUACAGCUACGACGACUUCCAGGGCCCGGGCCGAGGGCGCGGCGGCAGCAGGGGCGGCAGCAGGGGCGGAGGCUCUCCGGCCAGGGGACGUGGCGGCUCCGGCGGCGGCGCACCUAGGGGCAGGGCCAACUUCUCCCAGCGUGGUGGGCCAGGACCGGGCCGCGGCGGGCGUGGCGCCAGAGGAGGAGUGCAGCCGAGAGGGCGAGGAGGGGUACGUGGUGCGCGGGGUGGCCGCGGUGGAAAUGUAGGAGGAAAGCGCAAAGCUGACGGGUACAACCAGCCAGAUUCCAAGCGUCGCCAGACCAAUAAUCAGAACUGGGGCUCUCAACCCAUUGCUCAGCAACCGCUCCAGGGUGGUGAUCAUUCUGGUAACUAUUCUGGUUACAAAUCUGACAACCAGGAGUUUUAUCAGGAUUCUUUUGGGCAACAGUGGAAGUAAACCAGUAGGGCUUUGAUAACAAAAUACGUGUUUUUAUUGAUUCUGUUGGUGUCUUUUUCUCUUUUCUUUUUUGAUCUUGAUCUUGAUCUUGAUCAGAUUGGCCCUCAAUCCCAAACGGUUGCCUGCAUUUUUUUUUCUCCCCAAAAAAAUUGGUGACACCUGGCAAGAUAUCUUUUUGUACAUAUUUUAAUAAUGCGCUUGGACUCAAAACAGUAGUCACACUCCCACCUGUUUCCGGCGAACUGGUUUUAUUUUAUUUUUUCCUUUUUGUUUUUAAAUGGUCGUUUUAAAAGAUUUUCCAUAACAAAGUUUGAAAAAAAAAAACACAAUUUUUUUAGAUGCAAUACUGUGGUGGAGCUUGUCUAUUUGGCUUUAGCUUUAUGUGUUUUUAGACAUUCUGGUUCUUUAUGUUUCAAGUAGCUAACAGCAACAAAGCGUAUUGUCUCCUAAACAUGUAUUUAAAACAAAUGAAACAUACAAUUUGUAUUGUCACAAAGUAAUGCGUGUCUUGUUAUUGAAAAGAAGAAAAAAAGAAAAAAAAAGGACCCAUCGCAGUCCUUAAUUUUUUGGCUUUACAUUUUGGCUUGUAUCCUUUUGCUGUUUGUCUGCUUUAAUAAACAUUUACACGCACACGUGUACAAAACCUUCAAA